GCCUGCUUUCUGCCAAUGGUUCAUACAGGCUAUUCUUUGUUCUAGUUAGUAUAGCCAAUCAAUGACAGGGUGUACUAGUUCUCCAAUACAGCACAUACUAUUUCUUUAUUUUGAACUGUCGGUACCAAGUUCAACAAAAGUAGGAAAUAAAACUCCAAUCUCCAGACAUGGCUUUAGCGGGAGUUAGAGCUUCAUACCACAGGAUUCUUAACCAGAUCGAGCUCAAACUACCUGCUAAACUGAGACCUUUCUACAACCAUCCAGCAGGUCCAAAGACAGUUUUCUUCUGGGCACCAGUGUGUAAAUGGGGCCUGGUUAUGGCUGGCAUGGCUGAUAUGACACGGCCAGCUGAUAAACUGAGUGUCUCUCAGUCUGGAGUACUCAUGGUCACAGGUGUCAUUUGGUCCCGAUAUUCCCUUGUCAUCAUUCCGAAGAACUGGGGUCUUUUUUUUGUCAACGGUUUUCUUGGAUUGGCAGGAGCCAACCAAUUUGUUAGAAUCUGGAUGUACCAACAGGAAGUAAAGAAGCAACAGGACGAGAAGGCCCAGAUCUCCAUCAUAUAAUCCACACACACACACACACACACACAAUAUCGGGUUUUGGCUUGAACUCUCAAUAUUUUUAAUAGAUUUGUGCCCCUUAAAUAUUUACUCAAUAUUUUGUGCAAUUUUAAUACAGUUGUUUGUAGGAUUACGUAAUUGUUGUAAUUUAAAUAAAUGAAUGUAUUUAUGAAAGUUG